UCCGGUGUUGGUUGCUGCCUGCAGAGACGUGUGAAAAUGGCACCUCGUAAGGGCAAGGAAAAGAAGGAAGAACAAGUUAUUAGUCUGGGACCACAGGUGGCUGAAGGAGAGAAUGUGUUUGGAGUCUGCCACAUCUUCGCUUCCUUCAAUGGCACUUUUGUCCAUGCAACUAACCUGUCUGGCAAGGAAACAAUCUGCCGAGUAACUGGUGGCAUGAAAGUGAAGGCUGACAGGGACGAGUCUUCUCCUUAUACUGCUAUGUUGGCUGCCCAGGAUGUAGCUCAGAGAUGCAAGGAGCUGGGAAUCACUGCCCUUCACAUCAAGUUGCAGGCUACAGGUGGAAAUAGAACAAAGACUCCUGGGCCUGGAGCCCAGUCAGCCCUCAGAGCUUUGGCUCGAUCUGGCAUGAAGAUAGGGUGAAUUAAGGAUGUCACCCCUAUUCCUUCAGACAGCACUCGCA